GGAGAUCAAGUAAUGGUCCCUACAGCUUCUAACUGGGUCGGAUGCGAUGUCACCUAAAAUGGCGAUUCCUAAUUAAUCCAAUGCCUCUGGUUCUUUUUCAUUCCGUCGGGAGUAGCGGAACCACCCCACAAUCAGGGGACAAAGCUACGAGAAGGUGCCCUUAGAUACCGCCGGCAACAGUUCGAUUGCGGAACCUGAAAGGUCGCCGUGUGCGAUGCGGUGGUGGUGGCAAGAUGACGCUAAACCGGAGAGGUCGGUGACAGGGACAGGAUGGCGCCCAAGGACGCUCCGCCCGACGUACCUGCUUUUCCUGGCCUCGGUCAUGGGCCUGAUGCUGCUGGCUCUCGAGCUGCUUCGACAGUACAGUGACACCAGAGGUGGCCUCGUAUUCUACGAUGACACGGACGAUGUACCAAAUCAUGUUACGUUUGCGUACAAUUAUGUUCCAACAAUUCUCGGUUUGUCGUUGCUGACCCUUUGGUCUUUUACGGUCUACGAUGUCUUCCGUUUGGAACCCUACUUUCAGCUCUCUCAAGAGCAGAUCUUUCCUGCUGACGUACUUUCCGCUAAUUAUAUCUUUGGACCUUUUAUAUCGACGCCCUUCUCAUCGGCGAGAAGAAAACAUUGGGUGGUGCUGGGCGUAGCUAUCAUUAAUAUUCUAGUACAGUUAAUGCUGCCCGCUACACUGAGCGCCUUGCUGGAUCUUGAUAGCGUUCCAAUGUCUUCUGCCGCGACCUUGAGAAGUUGGCCGGAGCUGGUGGCGGUCGGAGAGCAAGCUGAAUGGAUAUCUGCGCAACGGAACAUGAGUCUUUAUUCUCUGACAAGGGGAGAUCCUGGAGAGACACCGUCGCGUCUCUCACACUUCGCUAUCCCGCCAGUUGAGCUUCCCUCUGAUGAUACGCUCACCACGGCUUUAUGGAAACUUAAUCAUACAGUGUACUGGACGGACCUUAUAUGCUCCGGUUUGCCAAUCAGUAACUCACCCACAGCGAAUGUCACUGUGAGCGUCGGGGAGACCCCUGCUGGUUAUUCCAAUUACUCUACCUUAACCUAUGCGCUUCAUGACCUGCACUUGACCUCACUUUCGGAUUCUUCCCAGAACUGCACCUUAAAUGCGAACUACAGCGGCAUCUUCGACCUGACAGCUACUCCACUACAGGCUCGACGCUGGGAGCUUGAUACGAUCCCGUGUGCCCCACUUGAUAUAUAUGGAUUCCUCCUCGACAUUGACACAACAAGUACCGGUCGCUUAGCUGGACAAACAUCCAAGGCCCAGUUCUUCUCUUGUGACAUGCGGUAUUAUAUGGCCAAGGCGGAGGUUUCCAUGCAGGCCAAUGGCUCGGUAGUCGCAAUUGGUGUCCAUAAAGGCUCCGUGUCUGCUCUUGAUAGUUCGCAAUUGGAUAUAGCUGGAUUCAAAGCAUAUCUCAAAAGAGGCAUCUGCCCUACGGGUAAUGUUUGCCCCUCUGGCAACGGAACGUUGACAAACCAGUCUCUUGACCGAUGUGGCUUUGGAAUAGAAGGCCAUAGUCCCCCAUGCUCGACCUCUGCGCAGUACUCACAGGCCCCCCUCUCCGGGGACGAGUUCAUAUCUAAAAUUCGUACGGAUAUGAAGCUCGGGUUUGCGCGUCUGCUGAGCCGCCUCUUUAACACAAAUGCUGCGUAUACACCUAUUCCAGGCGUUGGCGCAACUGACCAAGUGGCUGUCCUGGUCAUUACCUUCCCUGCCAUUGCAUCGGAGGUAAUCCUUCUUCUUGGGGCAGUCACAUGUGUCUUGCUUGCUCUUUUCUACCGGUCGCGCGAGAAUAUACUCAAGUCUGACCCGGGGUCGAUCGCAGCCAUGUGCAGCAUCGUGGCGCACCUAUUUAACCCAGCUAGUGUUCAGGCGUUUGCCGAGUACACUGACCAAGCCACCGCACGACAACUCAACCGCAAGCUGCGUGCAUGGCGAUGCUACUGGUAUCAUGAGCCAUCAGGUCGAAAACUGGGCUUUCUUCCCGGAGAAGCCCCGCCAAGAACACUACGUGAGAAAGUGCUAGCCAACAAACCAGCGAGUAGGAAAGCAUCACGUCCAGAUGCUAGGCUCCAUUUCUUAUCUAAGCCCAUAUUUGUCGCCGAGCUUCUAGGCUUGUUGGCGGUUAUUUGUUUCAUGGCCGUAUUGUUCAUUUUGUGUUCAAAAGAUCACCGACUUCGACGGCUUUCAGAUUCUGAGUCAGAUCGAUUGUCUAUUGUUUUGAACAUCCUGCCGUCUCUCAUCGCGUCGAUGAUGCGAGCUCUGUUCAAUUCCAUCUACGUGAACCUUAGUAUCCUCGAGCCAUGGCUUCAUCUCCAAAAAGGGGGAGUUGAUGCGAAAAAUUCCUUGCUGCUAAAUCUAUCCUCCCAAAGCCCAAUUACCGUGUUUUUCCGCUCUAUACGCUCCCGCUCCUUCGUGCUCAGUCUGGUCUCACUGUGCUGCAUCGUUAACACUGGUCUUCCCGCUGUUCUGGGCGCGCUAUUUACCCAAAGCCGCACGGGAGCAGCCUGGCCUACCCAGGCUGUCGAGUUACGCUACGAUUAUUCCACCAUUCUCAGUUCCAGCGCCGUCCCCACCUUCUUCCAAUACGGCCCUAUUGAAUCGACCCUGUUGAAUUCAGUGUCGUUACUUCCUUGGACCUCGCCGGACUAUUCAUUUGUACCAUUCUCUGUCCAUACGAAUAAUAUGGAACAUAGGUACGAAGCUGUGACGUUGGGUAUUGGGGCUGAUUUGAAUUGUCAUCAAGUCCCACUUACUCAGGGGCUCUUGAAAGAUGAGUAUCAUGAGAAUUCGAGCAACCCCCACCUCACUGGUAGAGGUACUGAGGACAUGGAGGGCACACCAUCAGUCAAUAACAACACAAGCGAACCAUAUUCAAUCCAACUACUGGCACCGAGUGGGGUGACUAAUAACGCCACACUGACUGUCCUUUCAACCAAUUCCGCGAGCUCCAACUCAAGCUUACAUCCAACACUCGUUCUGCAAUGCCAGGCGAUUCCUAGAAUACAGAAUUUCACAAUCGGCUUCGACCCCAGUGGAAUACUGCAGUAUUACUACCCAAUUGACAGCGCAAUUACGACCGGAAAUCUAGUGAACAACGUGACAUCUAACCUAGCAAACUACCACCAACACUUUCUCGCCUCCAUCCAAGCCGCCUCAGCAAACGGCACCAUUGCAAAUGAGCCCAUAUUAUUCCCAUCCGACUGGCCCCGUUCCCUAAUCCAGCUCGUCUACCAAACCAUGAACCCGGAACUAAGAACCAUCGACCCGGACCGUCUCACCGAUGCCACAAAACAAGUCUACCAAUGGCUCUUCGCAGCAUACUUCACCCUUCAAAAGGACAUGUACCUCAACCCCCUCCCCAAGCCGAGAACAGACAACGAUGCCCAAAUCAUACGCACCACAUGGAGUAUAGUCCGGUCCCUUCCAUCAUUCAUCGUCGCCCUGAUAAUGGUAUCAUCCAUGGCUAUUGCCCUCGUCCUCGUUUUCAUCACACGAUAUGGAAAAUUCAAGGGCCCCAGGGUCCCGCAGUCGCUUGGCUCGGUGCUUGUGUGGCUUCUCGAUAGUCCUAUUCUACCUAGUUUCUACGGCACCUAUGACUGGACUAGUGCUGCUCGCAGGGAUUACUUGGUCGGACUCGACAAGAGAUAUGCUUUCCGGAUGGCUACUACGUCGGCUGGGGAACAGAAAUGGGUCAUUGAAGAGGAUCAGGCUGGGAAGGUUGGGUGACUGCAUGUAGUACAGAUGACUUGAUGUAGAGUUUGUAAAUAUUGUAUAAAGAAAUCAUGAGAAGUGUAUAUAAUUCACGUUAAA